CCCGGUGUCGUUCCACAGCGGGGGACUCGACGGCUCUCUCUCCCUCUCUGAUCAGUGGACGAGAGGGGGGGAGACGAGCGACACACAACGGAGAACCCGGCGUGCGCCUCCGUCAUCAUCUCGUUGGCUCAUCCUUUUCAUCACACCGCCGGUCCUGGAUCCCCCGAACCACGGUCCCGGAGACGCCUGAGUCUGCAGCAGCGGCCACGAUCUCCUUUAUUUUCAAGCCUACAUCUGAAUGACGGGCGGACGGUUUGAUUUCGACGACGGCGGCACUUACUGCGGGGGGUGGGAGGAUGGCAAAGCCCACGGACACGGCAUCUGCACCGGACCCAAGGGCCAGGGCGAGUACGCCGGGUCCUGGUCGCACGGCUUUGAGAUAGUCGGGGUGUACACGUGGCCCAGCGGGAACACCUACCGGGGCUACUGGUCCCAGGGUAAGCGGCACGGGCUCGGCGUGGAGAAUAAAGGGAAGUGGAUGUACCGCGGAGAGUGGAGUCACGGUUUCAAGGGUCGUUACGGUAUCCGGCAAAGCCACAACACGCCCGCCAGAUACGACGGCACCUGGAGCAACGGGCUGCAGGACGGAUACGGGAUCGAAACCUACGGCGAUGGCGGUACCUAUCAGGGCCAGUGGAUGGGUGGGAUGCGACAUGGCUACGGCGUGCGGCAGAGCGUUCCCUACGGCAUGGCCACGGUCAUCCGCUCCCCUCUCCGCACGUCUCUGGCCUCCCUGCGCUCCGAGCAGAGCAACGGCGCAGUGCUCCCGGACCUCUCCUCCCCCGCAGACACGCCGACGGGCAGUCGCGGCGGCUUCGUCCUCAACUUCCACUCGGACAGCGAGGUCGUCACCGGCAAGAAGAAGGGCCUGUUCCGCCGAGGCUCGCUUUUCGGCAGCCUCCGGCAGUUGCGCAAGUCUGACUCUCGGACCUCAAUCUCCAGCAAGCGCAGCUCGGCGCGCAGCGACGCCGCCAUGAGCCGCAUCAGCUCCAGCGAUGCCAACUCCACCAUAUCCAUCGGCGACGGCGAGCUGCCGGAUGAGGACCUGCCCCUGGAGGACCACGUGGAUGCCACCACCACUGAGACCUACAUGGGCGAAUGGAAGAACGACAAGCGCAACGGAUUUGGCGUUUCGGAGAGAUCCAAUGGGAUGAAGUACGAGGGCGAGUGGCUUAACAACAAGCGCCACGGUUACGGCUGCACCGUUUUCCCAGACGGCACCAAAGAAGAAGGGAAGUACAAAAAUAAUGUGCUGGUGCGUGGAAUAAGGAAGCAGUUGAUUCCUCUUAAGAACCCCAAAACCAAAGAGAAGGUGGACCGGGCUGUGGAGGCGGCGCAGAGGGCUGCAGCCAUCGCCAGAAGUAAAGUGGAAAUAGCAGCUUCCAGAACCGCCCAUGCCAGGACAAAGAGCGAGGCCGCGGACCAGGCCGCCGUCUCUGCCGUGCACGACUCGGAAAUCGCCAGGGCGGUUGCUAGGGAGCUGGCCCCUAACUUCUACCAACCAGGACUUGACUACUUAAAACAACCAGUGAAGGAGCCCGUGGAGAUUAAAGAGGUCCCUGUUGAAAAGAAGGACACCUCCCAUAAAGAUUCUCCCCACUUCUACCGCAAAGGUACCACUCCUCCCCACUCAACUGUUACCAGUCCUGUGGCCACGCCUCCCCCCUCGCCUCACUCCGGCAAGAAGAAAGGUCAGCUCGCCAACAGCACCAGCCGCAAAACCAGCAGAGAGGAAAAGCCGUCCUGCAAGACCAGCAAGGAAGAGAAGUCAAGUCAUAAGACCAGCAAGGACGAGCGCCCUAGUCGAAAGCUGAGUAAAGAGGAGAGGCCGUCCGUCGCCGAUGGCCCUAAAGGUUCUCAUGUGCACAUCGAGGCUUCAAAUGAACCCACCAACAUUCAGCAGCCGACCCCGGCGUCUUCUCCAAAUCCUCCGACGUUGCCGGUCAACGGCCAGCUCCACAGCGAGUACCACAGUUACUACGUGAAGACCCCUACGAGGGGCCCACCGCCGCCGGAGCCCGAGGAGGAUAUAGAAGAAGAGCCUAGUAUCCUGGACCUAGCACGUAUGCCCCCACAGCCCACCAGGUCCUAUAGUGUCCCCCCUCCGAAGCCAGCUUCCCUACGGGAGAACAAGAGCGACCCAAGACUCAGGAAGCAGGAUUCCCUAAAGCCAAAGAGCCUCGCAGACGCGAAGAAAGCCAGUAUGGAGAUUGCAGAAAACGUGGAGGAAACAGGUCCUAACUCGGUUCUCGUCGCUAUGGUAAUGCUGCUGAAUAUUGGCCUUGCAAUUAUAUUUGUCCAUUUUCUGACAUGAUGACACUGUUUUAUGUGAAACCAUGGCAACCGGUACAGUUGCAUCGCCGGCCUUGAGGAAAGAAAAUGGCACCAGUGAGAUACGGGGGUGGCCGUAGGUGUUUAAGAAUCAGCGCGACACCCAAGAGAACCAGGAGGAAGGCUUCACUACCGCCGACCCGUCGUGGGCCCUCUCCGUUAAGGGCCAGCUCUGUGAAUUAGGACUCCUUUGGCUUCUCUGAAAGCUGAGCUGAAAGGUUGUGUAUCGUGAGAUUUGAAAAAAAUAUAUAUAUAUGUAUAAAAAAAGUUUAAAAAUGCAACCAAACAUACACGGUCCGAAAAAAGAAAAAAAAAGAAGUAAUUGAAACCCGCUCGUGUGCCGAUCCCAAGCGGCUGGUCUCUGUGGGCCACCGCCUUGGCAGAGGGAGCGCUGGGCAGACGGAGUUUGCCGGAAGAGUGUGGAGAUGCACUUUUAGAUGACGGGAGCAAACAGCUGCCUUUCUAUUUUGCCAUCUGACGUUUUGAUGGUGAGAUGUGAACCCGGCAGGGAGGGUGGGGUGGGAUGGGGGGGCGGAAACUGGGCACGGCCGUGUCCAACAGUCAGUGCUAGCACGGCCACUAGCCAGUCUUACGCUGUUCAUCCAUUCGUCAUCAUAUUUUUUCUCGAGUAACCCAGGAUGCACUGCUUUGGAACCCUCCCCGUGCAUGGUACAAUUUAAAAAUGUUGUUUUCUGUUUUUUGUUUGUUUUCUGUUUUAUUGUUUUGUUUUGUUUGUUGAUGUUCUCUGAAUGUUGGUUACUUGCAGUCUUGUAGUUCGAAAUGGAAAUUUCUUCUCCUCUCAAAAUGAGUGAAUAAAUUUGUUUUCCCCUUUUAUUUUAACAUUUGACUAAUUUCUCACAAUUAAGUUGUAAUUUGACACAUUCGUGUUACUGAACGUGCAAUGUGUUUUGUAUUGGUUUUUCCAAAUAAAGCUUAUAGCAUAUUUUGCCAAAAAUGGGGUGGGGUGAGCGCCAUUACAACAAUCCUAUGUUGAAUUCAUUUUGACGGACUCUCAAAACUAGAAUAGAGCGGUUUUGUGCCGGAGGGUGAUACUUAUCAGCCAGCAUUGUGUUUAUGUGUGAUUCACACUUUUAAAAGCUAUCUAGCUCUUUAAGAGUGAAGUAACAAAUGUCUUAUGUUAUUUAUUAAAUUAGGAGGAGAAUGACCCCCUUCUGCUCAAAUUCCUUCUUUCUAAUCCUUUGCUUUCAAUGUUGUCAUCAUACCACUAAAAUGCAAAGAAGGCAGUUCACGCGACGGCUUCCCCCAGGCCCAGCAGGGCGCGCGUUCUCGUGAGACUGGAUCGAGACUGUUGUGGACAGUGGAGGUUGAAUCUAUUCAGGUUUGAGGCCAUGGGAAAAUGUGGCAGCAGGGAGAAUGACAGAUGCCUUUAUAAGUCUUUAACAGUACUACUGUUUACCUCAGAAAAAGAUGAGGAGGGGAGGGGGGGGUAGGGAGAUGCCAUCCUUGUCUUAACUGUGUCUUGUGGGAAGGAUUCUUUCACUGUUGUCGUCACCUGAGUCAUGCUUUUAACUUGCCUCAUCGCAAUUGUUUGUAGUCUUUGUUGCAAGAUAUGGCAUGAGUUUCUUUUGAUUUUAAAAGUGGUUAUUUAUAUGGUUGACAUAUACAGUAUUGUCAUGAAUACCCAGGUUGAUUAUUUAUCCAACUGAAGUGAUUGUGAGCAUUGGUCAUCAUAAAAAGGGCUUUAAUAUGUCUGUGUUUUUGCUGCCACUCCGUUUUGAGGUUUAACUCGACCGUCCGUGCAAUGAGCAGCACAUUGCGUCUGUUAGAUGUUGGCAAACCGCCCACAUAACUAUCAGAAUAUAUUCAUUCAAUUGUGGAAUAAACAACAAAAGCAGACCAAGACACUAUAUUAUUUUUAAAAAAAUAUGUUAGAUUAUAAAUGUGUUGUAUUAAAUAACAAUACCCCACCCCCCUUGUCUUUGCUAAAUCCUCCUUUCUUGUUUUAUCUGUCUUUACAAGAGCACGGUGGGGACUGGAGUUUUCCGAGGGUUUAACAGAACAGCCUGUCUAUAGGCUACAUUUCUGAAAUGCAACAUUGCAUGUUGGAGUCAUUUAUAUAUAGAUUAUUAUAUACUAUUUGUAAGGAUUUUUACAGAGCACAAUCCAGAAUCUGGUAUGAGUUGGUAUUUUUCUAACAAUUUGCACACCUGUAUUUUGACAAUGAAUAUAACUUGUUUGUAAUUGGUAAUGUAAUGCACAUAUGGAAAAUGUUUGACAGUGGAAAAAAAAACCUUAUUUCUAAUUGGUUGUACUGUAUGUACCAUUUGGGGAUGUAAAAGGCAGAUGUACUUGUUUGAGCAUUUUAAGAUAUAUUGAGGAACUGCGCGAGACUUUUGAUAUCUCAAGGUUCAAGUUACCCCACUGAUUUGUGCAAAGUCUUUGGAGAUCAAUUUACGUGUAUAACAAUAAAGAUGUUAUGCCUUACUAAACCAAA